AUGGUGGUAGCCACCCGUAACGACGUCCCAUCCGAGGAGUGCCCCAUCUGCUUCGAACCGCUGCUCAUCAGCUGCGCGAUUCGUACUCCCUGCGGACACCGCUUCUGUCGAAGAUGCCUCGACCAGUGGUGGGAUCGAUCAUCCCUCUGCCCGCUCUGUCGCCAACCACUGUUCCAAUUCCCGCCGGCUCAUGCGUAUCUCCGCUAUGUGAGCCAGGUCCGUGCACAGCUUUCGCACGAUCCCGAGAUCUUCAUCUGCUUCACGGAUAUCGUGGCCACGUACAAGCGUGGCGAGAUUACCAGACAGAGCGUGCGCCAUCGCAUUGGCACACUGUUUGCAGAGUUUCCCCUGCUCAUUCAAGGAUUCAAUGAGUUGAUGCCUGCUCAUGUACAGAUCUGA